UGUAUGGAGCCGACUUGAAUUCCCAUCGAUUAGUUUCCAUUCAUCAGCUACUUCGAGCUCGUAUAUAGACAGCCAUACACAACAACACAUACGCCAUACUCGUCCACGACAUAUCCCACCACAAACCUCCACAUUUGGACUAUCAGUCGCAAGUUUCAAGUCUGUCUAUCAGCCUCUCAGCUCUCGACAUGACGGCUCAGUACAAAGCUUUGGGCGUGACUCCGCCUAUCAGCACGGAAUCUCCCAAGCCCACAGACCUCAAAUCCAGUGAAGCGCUUUUGGCCGACCUUGUCGCGUUGAAUCAAUUCGAAUCUGACCAGGAGAGGAAGGUCCGAGAACGGUUACUAUCCAACAUUGCCCAACUCGUCGCCAAGUUCGUCCACGAUGUCUCCAUCAAGCUCGGCAUGUCGGAGAAGAUUGCGACCGAGGCGGGUGGAAGGAUCUAUACCUCUGGAUCUUAUCGGUAGGUUUCAUCGCCAUGCUUUAGUGGGUGUAUAUAUCAAUACAGGAGGACUGAUCAUGGAUAUGUAUGUCUUGUGCAGUCUGGGAGUGCACGGUCCGGGAUCUGAUAUUGAUACCAUCUGCGUCUGUCCUCGGCAUAUCUAUCGAGAGCAUUUCUUUGGCGAGUUUCAGGAGAUGCUGCGAGCCUGGCCUGCUGUGACGGAGAUCUCUGCAGUGGAAUCAGCCUUCGUCCCAGUCAUGAAGACGGUGAUCUCCGGAGUGGAAGUCGAUCUGUUGUUUGCGAGAGUCAAUCUUCCGGAAGCUGGCGAUGGGCUGGAUAUCGAAAAGGACGAGAUUCUGAGGGGCGUGGAUGAUGCUUCGCAGAGAAGUUUGAACGGUCCCCGAGUCACAGACAUGAUGUUGAACCUCGUUCCGGAUGUAGCUACUUUCCGCACGGCUCUGAGAACGAUUAGAUUGUGGGCAAAGCGUCGUGGGAUCUACUCUAACGUUUUGGGUUUCCCGGGUGGUGUAGCUUGGGCGCUUCUGACAGUGCGGAUAUGUCAGCUCUACCCGACAGCUGCGCCAGCCACCAUCGUCGGCAAAUUCUUUCCCAUCUAUUAUCAAUGGAAUUGGCCCCAGCCUGUACUGUUGAAGAAGAUUGACAAUGGACCGCCCAACAUGCAACAUUCAGUCUGGAAUCCCAAGCUUGACCGAAGAGACCAAGCCCAUCGCAUGCCUGUCAUCACACCCGCUUACCCCUCCAUGUGCUCGACACACAACAUCACCGCCUCGACAAUGUCUAUCAUUAGGAAGGAAAUGCUUCGAGCCAUGCAAAUAACGGAUGAGAUCUUGAAGAACCCUGGGACAACUUGGCAGCCGCUUUUCGAGAAAUCGGACUUUUUCAGCAUGUACAAGACGUAUGUUCAGGUUGUUGCCUCAGCCUCGACUUCGGAAGGGAUCAAAGACUGGAGCGGAAUGGUAGAAUCAAGAAUACGAACCCUGGUCCAAGAUCUCGAGCAAACCGACACUAUUCUUACUGCCCAUCCCCAAGUCGGAGGCACGAGCAGGACUUUCUACUGUCUCACUGAGGAAGAACAAGCAGCGGCGAGUCAGGGAGAGUUGACGACAGAGAUGAUCAACAGGACGGAAGAGGAUGUGAAGGACAAGGAGCACAGAAAGAUAUAUACGAAGAGUUUCUUCAUUGGGCUGGAGAUUGAGAAAAAGUCGAAAGACGGCACUUCAAGGGUCUUGAACCUGUUCUACCCUAGCAAAAAAUUCUGUGCGACCUGUCAGAAUUGGGAGAAGUACAAUGAGAUGGAGAUGAGCGUCAUCUUGAGGCCAGCAAAAAGGUCGGUCUUGCCGUCGUAUGUAUUUCCCGACGGUAUGCCAAAGUCCAAGAAGAGCAAACGGGCACAGCAAAAUGGCGCCGGUGAUACCGGUAUGAACGAUGGAUCCGAUGGCCCAGGCCCUGCCAAGCGCACUAGGUCUGACAAUGUCAUCCCCGUGAAUCAAACCCCUCAACCUCUGCCCAACGGCGUACCCCAGCCCAACGGUGCCGACCCCGUCCCCUCCCAGAACGGCGCUGGUCCUGUCGAUCUCAAGCCUCCUCCUGGUAUCGAAAACAUGCCGCCUUUGUCAACUGCCGCCAUGUCCUCGUUUGCGACUGCUGCCAAGGGUGUUGCCGGUGCGCAGGAUGAGAACAAGGAUGGACUGAUUGUUUUGAAUCAAACAGCUGCGCCAUAGCGACCAGAUCACCUCUCUUUGUCUUCAAUCGCUUUCCGACUUUUUUUCUCUGUCUUCCUAUACAUCAAUCGUUAUACCCCCUUUUCAUUAGGUCUCGAGUCUGGAAACGAACGAAAAGCAACAAAACGUGGGUCAGGACGGGAGAAGAAAGAAGUCUGGAGAAGUCAAUCUUCGCGCUGCACUACGAUAUUCAUCUCCUGGAUAGGGUUGUAUCACUGUAAAGUAAAACGAAUCAUAAACAUCAAGCUGAAAACAUAUAGCACCAUGCAUUACAUUGUCUGCCA